AAUUAGUCACUCAGGAGCUGCUGGUGUCUCGGUGGCCGCCGACGGUUGCUCUCCUCGCCAUGGAGUCGUCGCCACUGCUGCGCUUGCUCUGGACUCUCUUGCUCUUCCGUGCAGAUCUGAGUAAAGGUGUGACAAUAGCUUCAACGGACCAAACCAUGAUAACGAAGGCCCAAGGAGAGAAAGUCACAUUGCCAUGUACAUUUACUUUUGGUCCGCAAGAUACAGGCUCACUAGACAUAGAAUGGGUAUUACUGCAACCAAAUGAAGAGCAAACAGUCAUUAUGUACAAUGGAGACAGAAUUUAUGAUAAGUAUAAAAUGGAUGGACGAGUAGAGUUCGUUAAUCCAAAUCCAGCUUCAGGAGAUGGUACUAUUGAUAUCCUGAAUUUAAAGGCAUCUGACACUGGUACAUAUCAGUGUAAAGUGAAGAAACCUCCUAGUGUUCAGACCCACAGAAUUCAGCUGACAGUACUUGUAAAACCAACAAAUACUAAAUGUUACGUUGAAGGAUCUCAGGAGAUUGGAACUGAUCUUACUCUGAAAUGUAAAUCUCUGGAAGGGUCUCCCAUCAUUUCCUACUAUUGGAAGAAAGGCACUGGUACAGAGGACCUUCCAGCCACCUUGAUAUCAAAUUCAGAUACAGGUGAUCUUUUGGUGAAGAAUGCCUCUCAGAUUUAUUCUGGCACGUACAUAUGUACAGCUUCAAACAGAGUUGGUGCAGAUGAAUGUUCUCUUGAGUUGAACGUGACCCCUCCUAUAAAUAGAGCUGGUAGAAUUGCUGGAGCAAUCAUAGGCACUUUGCUGGGUCUCUUGUUACUGGCUUUUUUCAUCUUCUGUUGCCUCAAGAAACAAAGAGAAAAGAAAUAUGAAAAAGAAGUACAUCAUGAUAUCAGAGAGGAUGUUCCUCCUCCAAAGAGUCGUGCUUCAACAGCUCGUAGUUACAUAGGAAGCAAUCGUUCUUCUCUGGGUUCAAUGUCUCCUUCCAAUAUGGAUGGGUAUGCCAAGACACAGUACAACAAAGUUCCAAGUGAAGAGUUUGAACGUCCUCCUGUUCAAACACCAAACUUUCAACCACCAAAGGUAGCAGCACCUAAUCUAAGUAGAAUGGGAGCUAUUCCUGUGAUGAUUCCAGCGCAAAGCAAAGAUGGCUCAAUUGUAUAGUAUGGCAUUAAUUUAGAC